GCGCGUUAUUUAUAGGUUAUGUUCUACAGGAUUUCAGCUCGCACGACGAAAGAGCAAAGAAUCAUAAACAUAAACAAAUGUUUCCCUAAUUAAAAAAACACCGGGGGUUUUUUUCCAUAAAUAAUCACAAUGGUCGUGUGUAAAUAUUUUCAACAAGGAAGCUGUCGUUUCGGACAGUAUUGCAGAUACGAGCAUAUAAACAAUUAUGGUUCAAAUGCAAAUAGAUCGAAAACUUAUGAUGGAAAGAAUAUUACUCUCAUCGUUGCCGAAGAUAUUUUGGCUGCAGAAAGAGGUGGACAAUGGUUGCUAUCAUGUUUCGGACCAUUCAAGGAACAACCAUGUAUUCCGGGAAUGUCAGAUCUUUCUCCGGAGGAAGUUCGUUGGGAAAUGUAUCAAGCUGAGAAAAAGGGCACCGUCGAGCAAGUUAAAAUGCAAUUUCAACAACUUUGUCAAGAGAUGAAAGUUAAACGCGAUGCACUUAAAAAUCCAACACCACAACUGGUAACAGUAUUGGAAAAUCUCCAAAAGAGCGGUCAGGACAGUGCAUUUGGUGCAUCGUCAGCGUCUUCAAAAUCGAAUUUCUCAUUCGCAACUCCACAAUUGGGGAACACGACGUCUACAAAUACGAAUGCCAACGUCUUUGGUGCAAAAUCAUUUGGCACAUCGAGUAAUCCAUUCGGUGGUAGUUUCAGUUCAACGAGUGGAAAUGCAAUAUUCGGUGGAUCAUCAGCAGCGACAUCGAGCUCAGUAUUCGGAUCGAAACCAGCUUUUGGAAGUAAUUCUGUUUUUGGAGCAACUCCGAGUACAACUUCUCUAUUCGGUGGAGCUACGACGCCUGCAUUUGGAACACAAACCACUCAAUCGUUCGGCACUUCGCAGAAUUCUUCAGUUUUCGGAGGAGCAGCAGCAGGAGGAGGAGGAGGUGUAAUUUCACAACCAGUUUUUGGUCAAACUUCGGCAUUCGGAACUCCGCAGAAUAAUUCCUUCUUGAGACCGGCAUCAACAGUGGCUACAACGUCAGUUUUUGGUAACAAUGCAAGCAGUACGUUCGGUGGUUCAGCACCGCCGAGUUUUGGUAAUCCGGGUGUUUUCGGUAAUGCGGGAAGUGCGCCUGCUUUUGGAACAACGUCGACUUCGUCUGCUUUUGGAUCGACGACAACAACUUCUGCUUUUGGGGCAAAAACGACGCAAUCGGCUUUUGGUGGUGCUCCGGUUUUCGGUGGGACUAGUGCUUUUGGUAAUUCACAAUCGGGUUCGAUUUUCGGUGCUCAAACGACAUUUGCACCGGCGACGACUGGCAGUUUAUUCGGUGGUUCAACGACGAAUACUUUCAACAAUUCGACGACGUCGGGAAUGAAUUUAUUUGGCGCUGGAACAGCAUCGACGCCUUUCGGUGGUGGUGGUGGAGGGAAUUCUUUCGGUCAACCGGCCGUGAGUGGAGCGCCGUUUGGACAGACAACAAUGGCUGUGAGUUCGACUUUCGGACAGACGACCAACGCCGAAAUACCCUUUGGACAAACGACAACCGCUGGCGGAGGGAAUUUCGGUCAAACGGCAGUCACUUCGGGAACGCCUUUCGGUCCACAGGGAGGCGCUGCUCCUUUUGGACAAACGGCGCCUUUUGCCUCGACGAGUGGACCAUUUUCAACGACCACUGCUCCCUUCUCGCAGAACGCUCCCUUUGGACAAACGGUCACUGCGACCGAUAGUUCUUCAAUGUCUUCGGAAUUUGGAAUUCCGGUCACUGCACCACCACCAUUUGGAGCGCAAAUUAAUUUCGGAAAUGCGAUUAAUUCUCCGUUUUCAAGUACAAAUACAACUGUCACAACGGCCACGUCGAAUCCUUUUAUGAGUACUCCUUUCGGCGGUCAACAACAAAAUCAAAAUUAUUCCACUGCUGGACCAUUCACAAAAUCUGUUGGCGGUGUCUUCUCUCUCGCUGCGAUUUUCGAUGAACUCGCUUUCUCGGCUGAGGGCUGUUUGACCGACGAUCAGAAAAAUUGCUAUUUACAGGAUAAAUUCACUUUGGGCAAAAUACCACUAAGAGUGCCGACUAAAGAACUCAGUUGAAGUCUGCAAUUUUGAAACUUUACAUUGAGAAAUGUUUGAAUAUCAAAUUCAACGACCAGAGUUAAAUAGAGAAAGACUUAAAAAAACAGAUUUAAAUUAAUUUUCUAAUUAAUUAAUUAUAUUGAAUGUAUUAAUUCUCGUUAAUUUAUUAUAUUAGUAAAUUAAUAAUAAAAUA